AUGCGGUCAAUAUGUGCCUCCAGUAUUGGCAAACUUAGACUCCGUCCCCGAGCGACUGUUCUCCAUUGUCAACAGCGUACAUUCAAAGCGGCUGUGGUUGGAGGCGGUGUUACCGGCCUGACAGCGGCAUGGCAACUGUCGCAUGACUCUCAAUGUUCCGAGGUUACCGCCAAUCAACUGGGAAUUGAAGAUGACCUCUUAUGGACUCCAGUUGACAGCGGUGCUGCAAUGAAUCGAUAUCUCUACUAUCCAGAUCACCUCGUCCGCGUACCAGUUCCUAUGCCAGGGCUAUCGACGUAUGGAAACAUGAAAUAUAUCCUGAAUACCCUGAGGAACGAACCAGUUUUUGAUACAGUGAUACCGGGCAUUCUUUUUGAAAGUUUUAAGCCUCCACGAACGGCUGAUCAAUGGUCCAAGGAUGAGUCCAUCGCCGAGUUUAUCUCACGCCGUUUCACGCCCGAAAUAGCAGAUAACCUGAUUUCAGCUGUUAUGCACGGCAUAUACGCAGGAGACAUUGAUAAAUUAAGCGCUCAAGCCCUUCUUGGUCGGCUACGAAACAUGGAUGAUACUGGAAUCAUACGCGGUAUGCUCGACAGACUCGUGAUGCGGAAAGGAUCCGGGUUAAUGGACCACCAGCUCUUCCAGCAUGCCGCAGUAGAUUCAAGGAUCAGAUACCCAAAACCCUACAAUGAAUUAUUUAAGCUGAUCGAAAAGAACAUCAAGCAUGCAGCUACUUUCUCAUUCAAACGAGGAACCCAGCAGCUUACGGAUGGAUUGGCUGAUGCCCUGUCCAAGUCCCCCAAGGUCAAAGUCCGAACCAACUCUGCAGUCCAGAGUAUCAGAAAAAUAAAAUUCUCGGAUAGCAUCUACCUAAACUCAGGACUUCUCUUGCUAAAGAUUACGGCUCAUGGCAACCAACGUAACACCUAUGACCGUGUUAUUGCCUCACUUCCAGCCCCCACGUUGGCCGGUCUUCUAGGCAGUACCACAAAUCAUCCAGACCAGGUUAUGCCCCAUCAAUCAAUCAAGAAACUCAGUCAACAUAACUAUGCCACCAGUGUCAUGGUCGUGAAUCUCUAUUACCCGAAUAUGAACCCUACGGAUUUCAAUGGCUUUGGAUACUUGAUCCCACGAUCCAUCCCUUACGGACAGAAUCCUGAAUGCGCGCUUGGUGUAAUUUUCGCAAGUGCGUCUAGUGUUGGUUGGAAGUUUACCAAUUUUGACCUUAACUUCGUUAAUCAAGACACUGCGCCAGGGGCUAAAUUCACUGUGAUGAUGGGUGGUCACUACUGGGAUCACUGGAAGGACUCAGAUUAUCCUGACGAUGAGUCUGCCACGAAAAUGGCGCGCAGCGUCCUUGAACGACACCUUGGCAUCACUGCCCAACCCGAAGUUACGCGGUGUAGAAUGCAGAAAAAUGCAAUCCCGCAGUAUACAGUCGGCCACCUGGACCGUAUGUACGAUCUAUCCGAGACUGUGCGAGAGGAGUUCAACCGCCGUCUUGUUCUCGCUGGCAACUGGUAUACCGGUGUUGGUGUGAACGAUUGUGUGAGAUCAGGUUUACUUGCUGGAAGCUUUGGCACUGGUAGCCGUAAGCUGAGUCAAGAUCCCUACAUAAAGGGUAAGUGGAUGGACCACAACUUUUGGGAAUGGAACUUGGAAGGUGGCAUUCCUACCGCACCAGUCAGUUUUUACUCCUAG